UCAAGUGUUCUUUAUCUGUACAAGCGAAAUUUUAUCAGAAAGGAUCGACACAGAAGGAAGGGCGCCUCCCUCACCGACUUUCUUUGUCAACAAAAGCGAACACGUCUUCGUCUUCUCUCGUUCGAUCAGAAAAAUGGUGGUCGCCAAGAAAUCAUCAUCUCCCUCUCGGCCGAGGGAGGAUUCGCCUCUGUUGGGUGGAGCAACGGCGGUGCCCCUCUCCUCUCAGCCCAAGACCUUCGCUAAUAUUUUCAUAGCCAUCGUGGGCGCGGGAGUUUUGGGACUUCCAUACGCCUUCAAGCGCACGGGAUGGCUCAUGAGCCUCCUCAUGCUCUUUUCCGUUGCCGGAUUGACCUACCACUGCAUGAUGCUGUUGAUUCACACACGUCGGAAACUGGAAUCCGCUUCCAAAUUCUCCAAGAUCGCCUCUUUUGGGGAUUUGGGUUUCGCAGUUUGCGGGCCCGUUGGGAGACUCGUCGUGGAUGUAUUGAUCGUGCUUUCUCAAGUUGGUUUUUGUGUUGGGUAUCUAAUUUUCAUUGCCAAUACCUUGGUCAAUUUGUUAAACAAUUCGUCCUCGACUGAUAUGAAUCGCUUAUAUUCUUCACUUAUUUGGGGAUUUCCUGCUAAGAGUUUGUAUAUAUGGGGCUGUUUCCCUUUUCAGUUGGGGUUGAAUUCGAUCCCGACCUUGACCCAUCUAGCACCUUUGAGUAUCUUCGCUGAUGUUGUUGAUCUUGGGGCAAUGGCCACGGUACUUGUGGAGGAUGUAAUACUUAUUUUGAAGAAUAGGCCGGAGGUUCAGGCCUUUGGGGGUUUGUCUGUCUUCUUUUAUGGCAUGGGUGUGGCUGUGUAUGCCUUUGAAGGGAUUGGUAUGGUUUUGCCCUUGGAAUCUGAGGCAAAAGACAAAGACAAGUUCGGGAGAACCUUGGGAUUAAGCAUGGCUAUCAUUUCUUUGAUAUAUGGUGCAUUUGGAGCAUUGGGUUACUUUGCUUUUGGUGAAGAUACUAAGGAUAUAAUCACAGCUAACUUAGGGGCUGGAUUUGUGAGCACUUUGGUUCAACUGGGUCUUUGUAUCAAUCUGUUCUUCACUUUUCCGCUGAUGAUGAAUCCAGUUUAUGAGAUAGCCGAGAGAAGGUUUUGGGGUGGUAGAUAUUGCUUGUGGAUGAGGUGGGUGCUGGUUUUGGUGGUCAGUUUGGUUGCUUUGUUGGUGCCUAAUUUCGCGGAUUUCUUGUCUUUGGUGGGGAGCAGUGUGUGCUGCGGAUUGGGGUUUGUUUUACCUGCUUUGUUUCACGUGUUAGUGUUCAAGGAAGAGAUAGGGUGGAAAGGCUGGUCUGUGGAUAUUGGGAUUGUGUCACUGGGGCUUGUUCUGGCUGUUUCAGGAACUUGGUCUGCUCUAGCAGAAAUUUUCUCUGUGAAGGUAUAGUGCUACAACAAACUGCUGUAGUCAGUGUGCUCAUUAUUUGCUGCUCAUAAGAUUGUUUUCUUCAUAAGCUUUGAUAGGGGCGGUGUAGUGCUCAGAUAUGAAAUUAUGGAUUAUCGUAGUUUACAUGUACAAUUUUUCAACGUGUAUUAUGUGUCUACUCUUUCAUUUCUAUGGUCGUUUUUAUAUGACUGCAAUGGUGUAUAAUAAAUUGGAAGGAAGUCUUUCUUUACUUAUUUUGUUCUUCAAUUGUUGUUACUCGCAAAUUGUAUAUUUAGUUUCUAUGAUCAGUAACUUGUAAAUAAGGAAGUCUUUUAACUUUUUUA